AUGACUGCGGCUCUUAAUCGUAAGUUUGAUCUUUUGCAAAAAAGUGGGACGUGCCCUUCAUACCUUCUCGACGUACUCACGCUGCUUGUGGCGCACGCCAACGAAACCGAGUUGUUUAAACAGGAACUGCGAUCUGCACCGUUUGAAAACGCUGCUCCACCACUGCGCGCCGAUCGAGGGAUGGUUGCGGCAGCGGCGCCUCAACCAGAGAUGGGGACACAAACUGUGACGCAGCCAGAGGCUCCUGGUACUGAAAAGGAGGUUCUUCUUGCGGCAGAGAGGACUUUGCGUGCGUAUGCGUCGGAUUUAAGGAAGAUAAACGAUAUUGCCAUGGCGACAAGCUCCAAGAAGCUCCGGGAGAUGAAAAUGAGCAACUUCACGGAGAUGGCGGCCUUUAGAGACCGUGUGGUGAGCGAUGCGGUGGACCGGGCUCGUGAGGAGUUAGAAUUGCUGCGUAUGGGCUGGCUGGAGUCGAUGAAUACGGAGGUCGAGCGCGCCAAAAUGGAGGUGCAUAAAGUGGGUCUUUCUUCCCAAAAGGCACUGCACAAAAUGUUGGAGGGAUAUCGUGAUUACGUAUCGGAUGGGUUCCGGCUGCUAAAGACAGAGCCCUUAGAGGUCAUGCACCGUGCGAUGGCAGAGUGUGCAUUUUGCGUCGAGCGCCUAAAAAUUAUGGAGCAACAAGUUGUACCCCGAAUCGAAAUAGAUGCGCUCUGCGGGCGGCUUAAGAGCGUCGAACGCGUCAUUGCCCAGAUGUUGAAAAAAAGACAUUCUUCUGGGGUUGUGGACGAUGAAAUUUCUGUCGUGCCCACGGCAGGGCCGUCCGAGACUGGAGCAUCCACUGCGGCAGCGGGAGACGACAGGCCGUUGGGAUUGCGUCUGCGGGAUGGUGGCAAUGACGUGGAGGGUCUUAUCGUCACGGAAGUGGCGCCAAAUUCACUCGCAUCGAAGGCCAGAAUUAGCCCCGGCCAAAUCAUUUCUCACGUGGGAGACGCCCUUGUGACCCGACGAGAUGAUUUCACCACGGCAAUGCAAAAGACUGGCUCGGCAGCGAAACUGACGAUAUAUGAUCCGGAGACGGCAGUGGUGCGCAUUUUGACCCUAAAACCAUGA